AUGAACUCUUUGAGCGGCAGAAGAUUUAUGGUGAAGAAAAAUAGUCAAACCAUUCAUCAAAGCAAAAUCUUUUUGCUUGGUAUGACUGGUGAUAUUCCUGGAGUGAUUGCUCUUAUAAAUUACAGUGGACUUAUGAGUGAAUAUGAUUUAAGAAAAAGAGAGUAUGAUAAAAUUAGCCACCACACUGAAGAGCAAGAAGAAGACGAGUGUCAGAGUAAUGAGGAAGGGGUGGAGGAGGACCAAAAAGAGUCUGUUCUCGACUAUAUUGCUGGAGGUGAAGGCAAAGUCCACAUUAAAAAUGGCAUCAAAAACUAUAAUGUCAACGCGAUAUACCAUCUAUCAGACAUCCCUUCCCAGGUGAUUAACUGA